UUCUUUCACUCCCUCUACCAUUCAAAUCCCCUCUAUUUCUUUUUCCAUCUUAAAAACUUUUCAUCCUUCUCUCCCAACAUGACCAAGCUCACAUCCUUCUUCUUCACCCUCUUACUGUUCUUCAUGCUCUCCCAUGCCAUACGCCAUGAACCAGCCUUUCACCAGGAAUCUUUGACAGAACCGCACCAACAGAGAGUUGAGGCGGUUGAUGAGAGCUGUGAUGGUUUUGGAGAGGAUGAAUGCUUGAUGAAGAGAACACUCGCAGCUCACGUUGACUAUAUUUAUACGCAAAAGCAUAAUCCUUGAAGAGAGAAUAUGAAAUUACUCUAAGUAGUACUAUGUUGCAUCCAUAAUUUCACGUAUGCAAUGAUAGGAAUGAGAGUGUUUGAUUGUUUUUAUUUACAGUACAUUAGAAGUUGGUAACUGGCUCAUUUCUUUGGAAUUGAGUAUUGUGUGUGUUUUCUUCUAUUUAUAUGUAUAUUAAACUGAAGUUUAUGGAAAUAUCUGUCUUCUUGAUAAA